CACCACUUUGCCCACCUUUCCUCCCCCCCUUCCCUCUUCUCUCCCUGUGAGUGCCCGUCCUAAACUCCUGAAUCCCAAUCCUCCUAUUCUCCGGGUUACUCUGGAGUCUGGAGUACCAAGAACCUAGAACCCGGAACCAGCUCGAAUCCCACUAUUCUAGAAGGAGUGAAAAUGGUGCGAAAAUUUCGAAAUCAGCCUGUCUCCCCGGCCCCCAUCUGGACAGUCAUGAAUUGAUUAAUCAAUAACCAACCCCUGCCCCCUGGUCGGGGAUGGGAUGGCUUCCGGUGCUUUGCAGUGCUCGCGAGCCCCAUCGUCACCAUAUACCGCAAAGGGCAAAUGCAGUGCUCGUCGACUGUCCACCCGGACGCCGAGGAGGUUUGCUGGAAACUGCACCUGCGCCAUCGAAGGAUUCAGUCCGUGUCCGAUGGACCGGGCCGAAUUAGGGAUCUGGACCCGAGCAAGGGUUCGCCAUGGCCGGGAUCAUGUUUCCUGUCCUGUUUGUGGUUUGUCUGUUUCCCCCGUCUGAUCUGGAUCAUCUGGAGUCCAGAGUCCGUGCUCUCCCCCCCUCCGCCGCAGGAUUCGUGGUGGGUGUUCCGAUGCGGCUUUGAAUAUGGUUGUUCUUCCUGGACUGUCUUAGCUCACGCUCUACUCCCUCGGGCCGGUCCUGAAGGGCUGAAAGAUCCCAUUCAUCAUGAACUUAUAAUAAAUUUGGCACGCGAUGCUGCAUCACGGCGAUUUGAGUGUUAAGUAAACACCGGGCGAGAGGCUUGUCAUUUUUUAGCGCCCCCCCGUCA